GAUUAAUCGUGUUGAAAUGAAAGGUGAAAUAAUGUCUUAAUGGAAAAGAUGUAUCGCAAAGGAACAAUAACGCAAACCCUGUUCAUUCUCGCCGUUAGUGUUCACUUGUCUGGAUGCUCGACAGGCUCUCAUUCUUUGAAGUACUUGCACACUGGAGUAAAACAUGAAAAAAACCUACAGUACACUGCUGUUGGUCUCUUGGAUGGAGAAGAGUUUGUGUACUAUGACAGUAACAUCAGGAAGAUGAUCCCAAAGGCAGAGUGGACAAAGAAGAUUGAUGCUGAAGAGCCAGACUACUGGAACAGAGAAACAGAAAAACUGAAGAGUCAUGACGAAUGGUUCAGAGAGAACAUAGCUACUCUAAUGAAACGCUUCAAUCAAACCGAUGGAAACCACACAUGGCAGUGGACAUACGGCUGUGACCUGCAUGAUGAUGGACCUAUUAGAGGAUAUAACUAUUAUGUCUAUGAUGGAAAAAAAUUCCUCACUCUGGAUCUGAACACUCUCACCUGGACUGCAGCUAACAGUGUAGCUCAUAUUACCAAGCAGAAGAUGGGAGCUGACAGAUCUUUGGCUGAGUCCCAAAAGGACUAUCUGGAGAACACCUGUAUUGACUACCUGAAAAAGUACAUAGCCUUUUGCAACACUUCAUUGAAGAGCAAAGGCUCUGGUACCGCCCAACGUUCUAAAAGAAACGCAGAUAAAAGAAGUAGCUCUACACAAUCUGCUACAGCCACCCUCUCAGCCACCCACUCCCUACAGUACAUCAUCACUGCAGUCACACCUGGAAUAAACUCCCCAGAGUACAUUGAAGUUGGCCUGUUGGAUGGAGAGCCAUUUGUUUACUACGACAGCAAGAUUAAGAAGAUGAUCCCAAAAACAGAAUGGAUAAAAAACAAUGAAGACGAAGACUGUUGGGACGCAGAAACCCAGACAAACCAGGCCACCCAAGAGAUAUUCAAAGCCAAUAUUGCUACAGCAAUGUCACGCUUCAAUCAGACCGAAGGGGUUCACACAGUGCAGGCGAUGUAUGGCUGUGAGCUGCAUGAUGAUGGAACCACUACAGGAUAUAGGCAGGAAGGCUAUGAUGGAGAAGACUUCAUCAGUCUGGAUCUGAACACCCUCACCUGGACUGCAGCUAAUGAUAAAGCUGUUAUUACCAAAAACAAGUGGGAAGCCACUGGCACCAAUGCUCACCAAUGGAAGGGCUACCUGGAGAACACCUGUAUCGAGUGGUUACAGAAAUAUGUGUCUUAUAGCAGAGACACUCUGGAGAGGAAAGACCCUCCUGAGGUGACCCUGUUCCAGAAGGACUCCUCUUCUCCAGUGGUGUGUCAUGCGACAGGUUUCUUUCCAAAAGGAGUAGCGAUCUUCUGGCAGAAGAAUGGAGAAGACCUGCGUGAGAACGUGGAGCUCACAGAGACAUUACCCAACCAGGAUGGAACCUACCAGAAGAGAAGCAUUCUGACAGUCUCACCUGAGGAUCUGAACAAGAAUAAGUACUCCUGUGUGGUUCAUCACAGUGGACUGGAGAAGGAUCUUGUGCUUGCAUUUCAGCCAGGCUUUUCAGGAGUGUCGAUUGGAGUCAACGUUGGUGCAAUUCUGGCUGUUCUUCUCCUGGUCCUCGUUGGCUGUGCUGCUUUCCUCAUCUGGAGGAAGAAGAAGAAGAAUGAUUUCAAGCCUUUUGCAGCCUCUGAUGGAGAAUCAUUGUUCAUCAGCUCAUAUGAAGGCCAACCACCUAAAUGCUGAGAGGAGAGAAUGAUGAAGGGAAAGACGGUGGAAGAAUACACAGGAGAAGCAUGAGACAGGCCUGAAGGGAUCAGUCAAACAGCAAUUAAAUUACACGUCUGCAGAUAUUUCCUUUCCAUUAGCUCUGUAGUUCUCCAGCAUUCAUCACACCUGUCAUAUUAGGGGAAACUUGAGUUUAAUAGUGCUGUGCUUAAACCUUUGAUUUUGGAACUGU